GUUUCCCAGCAAUUUGAUCUGAGCAUCUCUCUCUCUCUAUCCUCCACAACUACACACCCGCGGUCGCGUUCACAGCUGAUGCUGAUGCUGUUUCAGAUACAGAGAGUUUCAGCAUCACCUCACGCGUCAUUCAGUCGAGUUCGGGUUCUCCAUCGUAUCGGCACGGAAGAAAACACAUCGUUACUGGUGGAAGCACUGGCUGUCCAAAUGGCGAACCCUAAACAAUGAGCAAUCCCGCCAUUUUGAAUUCAUCAUUACAAAAGACGUUUUUGUGAAGAACGACACCUAUGGAUGCUUCUUCGUCCCCUACGCCAGAAAACGUCAGCAACAGCACGGCUGGGUUGGGCCAGGUGACAUGGGCGGAGUCCAACGUGUGCCCGCCUUCUGUGAGCGGCACGACCCUUCUGAUCGUGGCGUACAGCACCGUUAUAGCGGUGGGUUUGGUGGGCAACGCCGGUUUGGUCUACAUCAUAUCCAGGCAGAAGGAAAUGAGGAACGUCACCAAUAUCCUCAUCGCCAACCUCUCGUGCUCCGACAUCCUCAUGUGCGUGGUGUGCCUCCCCGUGACUGUCAUCUACACCCUAAUGGACCGCUGGAUCUUCGGAGAGAUGCUGUGUAAGGUCACGCCGUUCGUGCAGUGCAUGUCGGUCACGGUUUCGAUCUUCUCGCUGGUUCUGAUUGCUUUGGAGCGACAUCAACUCAUCAUCCACCCCACGGGUUGGACACCCGCCGCCGGGCAUUCUUAUCUGGCCGUGGCGGUCACGUGGAUGGUGGCCUGUUUCAUUUCUCUACCUUUCCUCUCGUUCAACAUCCUCACCAAUGCUCCUUUCCAGAACCUCAGCCUGCCCUUUAACCCCUUUAGCGACCACGUGAUCUGCAUGGAGCUCUGGCCGUCCGAACGCAACCGCUUGGCCUACACCACUUCUCUUCUGCUGUUCCAAUACUGUCUCCCCUUGCUCCUGAUUCUGCUCUGCUACCUGCGCAUCUUCCUGCGUCUGCGCAGACGACGAGACAUGGUGGAGCAGGCCACCGAAGCCCGGCGAAGGAAAACGCGAGGUGCUCAGCGCGUCAACGCCAUGCUGGUCGUGAUCGUGGUUGCCUUCGCGCUAUGCUGGCUGCCGCUCAACGUCUUCAACACAAUCUUUGACUGGUACCACCAAGCCCUACCUUCAUGCCAGCAUGAUGUCAUCUUCUCCGCCUGUCACCUGACCGCCAUGGCCUCCAUCUGCGUCAACCCGGUGGUGUACGGCUUUCUCAACACCAACUUUCAGAAAGAGCUCAAAGCAACGCUUCAGCGCUGCCACUGCGGCUGGGGUGUAGCGGAGACCUACGAAAACUUUCCUCUUUCAACGGUGACCACAGACGUUACCAAGGUCACCUCCAUGCAGCGAGGGUCUCUGAUCAGAUCCGAACAGUGCGCUCACCGCUAAAGAGAGGAGAAAGGGAACGAGGUAUCGUAGGGGAGGGGGUCGAGGAUGAGCUGGCACUGUUUCCAUGGAGAUGCGGGAAUUGCUAUGUGGGUUUCUGCAUCCGUUCUUACCCAAGAGAUCUAAAAACAACCUCUACCCACCGUUGCUACGUUUCAGGUUCAGGUCUUCAUGAUCCUAUAAGAACGCAGCAUGGUGUUAUGUUAACGACUUAUUAAGAUGUAUGUGGGAUGCUCAGGUGUUAUUCCUGUCACGAUGAACGACUGAAUCUCAUUAGGAAUGUGGUCGUUCCUGUGACAACACUUUUAGGCUGUUGUGUCAUGAGAGAAAGGACGAAUACAUAAGAAUGAUUUGUAAGACGUUUUUAAUGACUGUAUCAGAUGUUUUUAGCUGACGAACAUCGAACAGGACGUUAUCAUUAUAGUGAAAGUCAUCUUCGUGCACUCAUUUAGUUGCAAUCUUCACCUAUUCUGUAUUUUUAGUUGAUGUGGUCAUAGAUUUUUAAAUAAAUUGUAACUGUUCCUUUUAUUGCACUGGAAAAACUGCACUUUCUUACUUAGUAUUUUUGUCUCAUUUUCAGUAAAAA